UGCCAAGAUCACGUCGCAGGCUCGUUUCGGUCCAACAGAUUCUUAGCGCCCACAUCGUCUACUUAUAUGAUCUCCAACUCGAGUUUGAGUUGAUUUUUCUGAACAGAUUUUACCAUUGAUUACUUUUCAAAAACAUUUGAGAACUCGUAUUUUAGCCAUGAAAGAAGGCAUGCUCCCCUUUUCGCUCAAAGCGACCAACUUGUUCUACAAAGUCGUGGACGAGCUGCUCCAAGGCAGGCAGAACGUGCAGUUUUUCAGUCUCCUUCGCACGAAUCUGGCAGGCAUCAUGCAGUGGCUGGAAGACUUGUCAGAGGCCUCCGAUACAGAUACUUCGCAGAGAGAAAUUCUCCGUUUAUUGAUUCUUUUCGAAAAUCUGCUCCAGGACGUUACUUUCAACGUCUUUUUUCCUGAUCACCCUCAUGGUCGGCCCCAUGAACACCAUGGUAGCGAAGCAAGUCAUUGGCAAGACACAAAGAUCUGCAUCUCUAAGAAGAGGCUUAACACCGUCUCAGGGGUUCCAGAGCCCAUACCGAACUCAAAUUGUCAGAUUCUCUCGAAAGAGAACUUUUGUGAUACGAUAUCGCACCGGCAGCAAGCUCAGCUGCAACUAGUCAAUCAGGGCGACAGCUUGGUCGUCCAACAGUGGGCACCGUUAUCACGAUUCUUCUGUCCACAAACUUCAAGUAUCAAACUUUCCGAAAUACUCGGUGAACAGCUCACGCGAAAGCAAAGACUUACAAUAGCUUACGGUCUGGCCAACGCUGUGUGGCAGUUUUACGAUUCAAUUUGGAUGCGUAGGGAAUGGAACAAGGACACUAUCCAUUUCAUGCUGGAACGUCGUGGCAACACGGCCAAAGCAGUAUACGUCGACGAGCCAUUUCUGUCGGCUCACUUCGAUGAACCUGAAUCUUUGUCCGAGGACAAGAUGAGGUUCCGAUACCACCCUUUGCCCAAGGUCCUGGAGCUUGGGAUCAUGAUGUUGGAAGUCGAGCUGGGUCUCAAGAUUGAAGAUCACUGUCAAAAUCGACCCGAGUGUUACGACGCUGACGGCAACCUCACAGUCAAUGCAACUCACAUUAUCGCCAUGGAAAUCUUCAAGACGUCAGACCUAUGGGAGGAGAAGGAAACAUUCGAACUAUUGAAGGAGCUCAUCAGAAAUUGCUUGACUGCGCAUCCGUUCAGAAGCAUCGCGGAACAUCCAGGGCAAAUCCGCGAUGCCAUUCAUCGCCACGUCGUUGCGCCACUGAAGAAGUUGUUCGAGACGGCUUGGGGUGACUUUGAAAAGUCGGCCGUCCGACCUAUCCGCGUGCAGUCAGAAGGGGCUACGAUGCCCUUGAUUACCGAGCUCCAGCGUUUCGCGAUCAGUGCGGGCAACCGAGACCGGAAUAUGAUGAUGUUGCCAGCAAAGGGUUCAGUUUGCGAAGCAGAGGCUAGUUCCGCCCCUACAUCUGACAAAUGGUUUAACAGGCUUGAGAGACUGAAGAUCGUCACUCGUCUUUCUCCAAGCCUACGCGACGCUUCAUACGCACCUGCCAGGAUAGCUAUCCUGGACACCGGAAUCGAUAAACGAUACUCGUCGUCUAUCGUUGAUUUCCGAGACUUUGUGGACUAUCGGAAUGUCAAGCCCUUUGACAGUACCGGGCAUGGAACCUAUGCAUUCUCAUUGCUGCAGAGGGUUCACCUGGAAGCCCAGGUUUUUGUCGGCCGUGUUUUUGAAGAAGGUCAUGCAAACGAUAAUACCGCAAGUAUCAUGGCCAAGGCCAUUCGCCAUGCUCGAGAAGUUUGGAAAGUCGACGUCAUCGUCAUGCCAUCCGGCUUUGAAUGCGAAAACGAAGACAUGUUAAGGGCAAUCGAGGAAGCAAACGCAGCCCACGUGCUCAUCUUCGCCGCCGCCGCAAACCAUGGAAACCUCUCAAACAUCACGUUCCCAGGUCGCCUCUACCGCUCCGAGAAGACAUUCUGCAUGUUCUCUACAGACGGCAACGCCAGGAGCCUCCCAGCCUUCAAUCCUUCGCCAUUACCAGGUGCUCGCAACAGCUUUGCGAUCUUGGGACAAGACAUCAGAGCCACGAGUGGUCCUCCUGCAUCAGGGACCUCACUCGCGACCGCGAUUGGCGCGGCGCUCGCUGCGCGCAUCAUUGACUUCUCGCGACAUCAGGAUAUCCGGGGCCGGAUUCGCAAACCGGAACACCUGAAGCGGGUCGAGGGCAUGGCAUCGGUGUUUGCCAAGAUGGCGAGGAUGGACGGCGGGUACCAGUGCAUCGCUCCGUGGAGACUGUUGCCGCUCAUGGAGUACGAAGACUUGAUGGACGUGUCCAACCGUCCGUACGUCCGCCACCGUAUUUGCGAGGUCAUCUCUGGAGCCUUGGAUGAGGUCUACGGAUGAGAGAAGUAUCUCGAUGUAGAGGCUGAAGCGUAGACUCAGGUCUGGCGGCAUUGCUGCCUAGAGAGAUUAUGUGAGGAGUGUAUGAUCCGCCACUGUUAAACUCCUGUAUAUCUGUUCCUACUUCUGUAAGAUUCAAUGCCAUAUGUAGCCUGCGACUCUUUCCGUUUUCCGCACGUAUGCUUCGGCAAAGCUGUUGAAGAAUAUGAUUGGGAUGCCGUUCUUGUAGUCAGGGCAUUGAUUGUUAUCACAGUCACCAUCGAUGAC